GCCUAGGCGCGUCCUCCGCGCGCUCUCCUGGUCGGUGGCCCGGCUCUGGGAAGGCCAAGAUGGAAGAGAUUCUGAGGAAGCUGCAGAGGGACGCGUCCGGGAGCAAAUACAAAGCCAUCAAGGAGAGCUGCACCUGGGCCUUGGAAACCCUAAGUGGCCUGGACACCAUUGUGACGCUCCCUCCACACUUGCUGAGGGAGAAAUGCCUGCUGCCUCUCCAGUUGGCGUUGGAAUCAAAGAAUGUGAAGCUGGCCCAACAUGCUUUGGCCGGGAUGCAGAAGCUGCUGUCAGAAGAGAGGUUUGUCUCCAUGGAGACCGACUCUGAUGAGAAGCAGCUGCUCAAUCAGAUCCUGAAUGCCGUGAAAGUGACGCCUUCGCUCAAUGAAGACCUGCAGGUGGAGGUGAUGAAGGUUUUGCUGUGCAUCACCUACACCCCAACAUUUGACCUGAAUGGUAGUGCCGUGCUGAAGAUCGCAGAGGUGUGCAUUGAGACCUACACAUGCAGCUGUCACCAGCGCAGUAUCAACACUGCUGUGCGGGCCACUCUCAGCCAGAUGUUGAGCGACCUGACUUUACAGUUACGACAGAGGCAGGAGAACACGAUAGUUGAAAACCCAGAUGUCCCGCAGGAAUUCAGGAGUCAAGGCGCUACAGUAGAGGCCCUCUGUGAUGACGUUGUCUCUGUCCUCGCUGUCCUGUGUGAGAAGCUCCAAGCCUCUAUAAAUGACAGCCAGCAGCUGCAGCUUCUGUACCUGGAAUGCAUUCUCUCCGUGCUCAGCAGCUCCUCCUCCUCCAUGUCCCUGCACAGGGGCUUCACUGACCUCAUCUGGAAAAGCCUCUGCCCGGCUCUCAUUGUGAUCCUGGGGAACCCCAUUCACGACAAAACUAUCACCUCUGCUCACAGCAGCAGCACCAGCAGCAAUGUGGAGUCGGACUCGGCCGCUCCUGGUGUGUCUGACCAUGGCCGCGGCUCGGGCUGCUCCUGCACUGCACCUACGCUGAGCGGCCCUGUGGCCCGCACCAUCUAUUACCUUGCAGCUGACCUUGUCCGCUUAGUGGGGUCAGUGGAUUCCAUGAAGCCAGUGCUCCAGUCCCUCUACCACCGUGUGCUCCUGUAUCCCCCACCCCAGCACCGGGUGGAAGCCAUCAAGAUCAUGAAAGAGAUACUCGGGAGCCCACAGCGUCUGUAUGACUUGGCAGGACCAAGCUCUACCGAGUCAGAGCCAAGGAAAAGAUCUAUUUCCAAAAGAAAAUCUCACUUGGAUCUUCUCAAACUCAUCAUGGACGGCAUGACGGAAGCAUGCAUCAAAGGUGGCAUUGAAGCCUGCUACGCUGCCGUGUCCUGCGUCUGCACCUUGCUUGGGGCCCUAGAUGAGCUCAGUCAGGGCAAGGGCUUGAAUGAGAGUCAAGUACAGCUGUUGCUUCUGCGCCUUGAAGAGCUGAGAGACGGAGCUGAGUCAAGCCGGGACUCCAUGGAGAUUAACGAGGCUGACUUCCGCUGGCAGCGCCGGGUGCUGUCUUCAGAGCACACGCCAUGGGAGUCAGGCAACGAGAGGAGCCCAGACAUCAGCAUCAGUGUCACCACAGACACAGGCCAGACAACCUUGGAGGGAGAAUUGGGCCAGACAACACCAGAGGACCAUAAGAAUGGACUCAAAUCACCAGCCAUUCAGGAAGGCAAGGAGACCAUGGGCAAAGUGUCUGAACCUGAGGCCAUAGACCAGCCCGAUGUUGUUCAGAGAAGCCAUACAGUCCCUUACCCUGACAUCACUAAUUUCCUGUCGGUAGACUGUCGGACAAGGUCCUAUGGAUCUAGGUAUAGUGAGAGCAACUUCAGUGUAGAUGACCAAGAUCUGUCGAGGACAGAAUUUGAUUCCUGUGACCAGUAUUCCAUGGCAGCAGAAAAGGACUCGGGUAGGUCUGACGUGUCAGACAUUGGGUCAGACAACUGUUCACUGGCGGAUGAAGAGCAGACCCCUCGGGACUACAUGGGCCAUCGGUCCCUGAGAACGGCCGCUCUGUCCCUCAAACUGCUGAAGAACCAGGAGGCUGACCAGCACAGUGCCCGGCUGUUUAUACAGUCCCUCGAGGGCCUCCUUCCCCGGCUCCUAGCCCUGUCCAGUGUGGAAGAGGUGGACACCGCCCUUCAGAACUUUGCCUCCACUUUCUGCUCAGGCAUGAUGCACUCUCCCGGCUUCGAUGGAGGGAGCAGUCUGAGCUUCCAGAUGCUGAUGAACGCUGACAGCCUGUACACGGCGGCACACUGUGCCUUGCUGCUCAACCUCAAGCUCUCUCACGGUGACUACUACCGGAAGCGGCCAACCCUGGCACCAGGCAUGAUGAAAGAGUUCAUGAAACAGGUGCAGACCAGUGGCGUGCUCAUGGUCUUCUCACAGGCCUGGAUUGAGGAGCUCUACCACCAGGUUCUCGACAGAAACAUGCUUGGAGAAGCUGGCUACUGGGGCAGCCCCGAAGACAACAGCCUCCCCCUUAUCACCAUGCUCACUGACAUUGACGGCUUGGAGAGCAGCGCAAUUGGUGGCCAGUUGAUGGCAUCAGCUUCAAUGGAGUCGCCUUUCGCCCAGAGCAGGAGAAUUGACGACUCCACAGUAGCAGGUGUGGCAUUUGCACGUUAUAUUUUGGUUGGCUGCUGGAAGAACCUGAUUGAUACUCUGUCAACUCCCUUGACUGGUCGAAUGGCAGGAAGCUCCAAGGGGCUGGCCUUCAUUUUAGGAGCCGAGGGCAUCAAAGAGCAGAACCAGAAGGAGCGAGAUGCCAUCUGCAUGAGCCUUGAUGGGCUGCGGAAAGCUGCGCGACUGAGUUGUGCUCUAGGGGUUGCUGCUAACUGCGCUUCAGCCCUUGCCCAGAUGGCGGCUGCUUCCUGUGUCCAGGAAGAGAAAGAAGAAAGGGAAGCCCAGGAGCCCAGCGAUGCCAUAGCACAAGUGAAACUAAAAGUGGAGCAGAAACUGGAGCAGAUGGGGAAGGUGCAGGGGGUGUGGCUGCACACAGCCCACGUCCUGUGCAUGGAUGCCAUCCUCAGCGUAGGCCUGGAGAUGGGAAGCCACAACCCGGACUGCUGGCCACACGUGUUCAGGGUAUGUGAGUAUGUGGGCACUUUGGAGCACACCCACUUCAGCGAUGGUACCUCCCAGCCCCCUCUGACCAUCCGUCAGCCACAGAAGACCUCCGGGAGCUCUGGCCUCCUUGGGGAUCUUGAGUGUGAGGGCUCGUGUCAGGAGCAGACCCUGGAGCAGGGCCCCUCCCUGAGCACAGCCCCUGUGGUGCAGCCACGCUCCAUCCAGGAGCUUGUUCAGGAGUGCAGCCGUGGCCGGACCUCAGACUUCCGGGGAGGCAGUCUGAGUGGGAACAGUGCCGCCAAGGUGGUCCUCAGCCUUUCCACCCAGGCCGACAGGCUCUUCGACGAUGCUACAGAUAAGUUGAACCUCACGGCCUUGGGAGGGUUCCUCUACCAGCUAAAGAAAGCGUCUCAGUCCCAGCUUUUCCAUUCUGUGACAGACACGGUCGAUUACUCUCUGGCUAUGCCAGGAGAAGUUAAGUCUACCCAGGAUCGCAAAAGCGCUCUGCACCUGUUCCGCCUGGGGGAUGCCAUGCUGAGGAUCGUGAGGAGCAAAGCCCGGCCCCUGCUCCAUGUGAUGCGCUGCUGGAGCCUUGUGGCACCACACCUGGUGGAGGCCGCUUGCCACAAGGAGCGCCAUGUGUCUCAGAAGGCUGUUUCCUUCAUCCAUGACAUCCUGACCGAGGUUCUCACAGACUGGAAUGAGCCACCUCACUUUCAUUUCAACGAAGCGCUCUUCCGGCCCUUUGAGCGGAUCAUGCAGUUGGAGCUGUGUGAUGAAGACGUUCAAGACCAGGUGGUCACCUCCAUCGGAGAGCUGGUUGAGGUGUGCUCCACGCAGAUCCAGUCAGGAUGGAGACCCCUGUUCAGUGCUCUGGAGACAGUGCACAGCGGGAACAAGUCGGAGGUGAAGGAGUACCUGGUUGGGGAGUACUCCAUGGGAAAAGGCCAGGCUCCCGUGUUCGACGUGUUUGAAGCUUUUCUCAACACUGACAACAUUCAGGUCUUUGCUAAUGCAGCCACCAGUUACAUCAUGUGCCUUAUGAAGUUCGUCAAAGGACUGGGGGAGGUGGACUGUAAAGAGAUUGGCGACUGUGUCCCCGGAGUGGGAGCCACUUCCACAGACCUGUGCCUGCCAGCUCUGGAUUACCUCAGACGUUGUUCUCAGUUAUUGGCCAAGAUCUACAAAAUGCCCUUAAAGCCAAUAUUCCUUAGUGGGCGACUUGCCAGCUUGCCACGAAGGCUUCAGGAGCAGUCGGCCAGCAGCGAAGAUGGAAUCGAAUCAGUCCUGUCGGAUUUUGAUGACGACACUGGUCUGAUAGAAGUUUGGAUCAUCCUAUUGGAGCAGCUAACAGCAGCUGUGUCCAACUGCCCUCGGCAACACCAACCACCAACCUUAGAUUUACUCUUUGAGCUGUUGAGAGAUGUUACCAAAACACCUGGCCCAGGGUUUGGAAUCUAUGCAGUUGUUCACCUUCUCCUUCCUGUGAUGGCUCUGUGGCUCCGCCGUAGCCACAAGGACCAUUCCUACUGGGAUGUGGCAUCUGCUAACUUCAAGCAUGCCAUCGGUCUGUCCUGCGAGCUGGUGGUGGAGCACAUCCAAAGCUUUCUACACUCAGACAUCAGGUAUGAGAGCAUGAUCAACACCAUGCUGAAGGAUCUCUUUGAGCUGCUGGUGGCAUGUGUGGCCAAGCCCACAGAAACUAUCUCCAGAGUUGGCUGUUCCUGCAUUAGGUACGUCCUCGUGACCGCGGGUCCUGUGUUCACUGAGGAAAUGUGGCGACUUGCGUGCUGCGCCCUGCAGGAUGCCUUCUCUGCCACUCUCAAGCCAGUGAAGGACCUGCUAGGCUGCUUCCACAGUGGCACAGAGGGCUUCAGUGGGGAAGGCUGCCAGGUGCGGGUAGCAGCGCCAUCCUCCUCCCCGAGUGCUGAGGCAGAGUACUGGCGCAUCCGGGCCAUGGCCCAGCAGGUGUUUAUGCUGGACACCCAGUGCUCACCAAAGACUCCGAACAACUUCGAUCAUGCUCAGUCCUGUCAGCUCAUCAUUGAACUGCCUCCUGAUGAGAAGCCAAACGGGCAUGCCAAGAAAAGUGUUUCUUUCAGGGAGAUCGUGGUGAGCUUGCUUUCUCACCAAGUACUGCUCCAGAACCUGUAUGACGUCCUGCUGGAAGAGUUUGUCAAAGGCCCCUCUCCAGGAGAAGAGAAGACAUCGGUCCAAGUGCCAGACACCAAGCUGGCUGGCUUCCUCAGAUACAUCUCCAUGCAGAACCUGGCUGUGAUAUUUGACCUGCUCCUGGACUCCUACAGGACUGCCCGGGAAUUCGACACAAGCCCGGGCCUGAAGUGCCUGCUGAAGAAAGUGUCGGGCAUCGGAGGCGCAGCCAACCUGUACCGACAGUCGGCCAUGAGCUUCAACAUUUACUUUCAUGCCCUGGUCUGUGCCGUUCUCACCAACCAAGAAACCAUCACUGCGGAGCAAGUGAAGAAGGUCCUCUUUGACGAGGAGGAGAGGAGCUCUGAUUCCUCGCAGCAGUGCUCGUCGGAGGAUGAAGACAUCUUUGAAGAGACUGCACAGGUGAGCCCUCCGCGAGGCAAGGAGAAAAGGCAGUGGAGGGCCCGCCUGCCUUCGCUCAGUGUACAGCCAGUGAGCAACGCAGACUGGGUGUGGUUGGUCAAGAGGCUGCACAAGCUCUGCAUGGAGCUCUGUAACCACUACAUCCAGAUGCAUCUGGACCUGGAGAGCAGCUUGGAGGAGCCACCCACCUUCAAGAGUGACCCGUUCUUCAUCCUCCCCUCCUUCCAGUCUGAGUCGUCCACACCAUCCACGGGAGGCUUCUCCGGGAAAAACACGCCGUCGGAAGAUGAUCGCAGAGAACACCUAAGUGAGCCUCUGAGCCUGAGAGUGGGCAGCGGGGACGUGCUGCUGCUACCCCCCAGCCCCAAGAUAGAGAGGAAGGAUCCUGGCCGCAAGAAAGAGUGGUGGGAGAGCGCGGGGAACAAGAUUUGCACCAUGGCUGCUGACAAGACCAUCUCAAAGCUGAUGACUGAGUACAAGAAGAGGAGGCAGCCGCACAACCUGCCUGCCUUCCCCAAGGAAGUCAAGGUGGAUAAGAAGGGCGAGCCCCUGGGGCCCCGGGGUCCCGAUUCCCCACUGCUUCAGCGGCCACAGCAUCUCAUGGACCAAGGGCAGAUGCGCCAUUCCUUCAGCGCAGGCCCAGAGCUGCUGCGGCAGGAGAAGAGACCCCGCUCGGGCUCCACCGGGAGCUCCCUGAGUGUCUCCGUGCGAGAUGCAGAGGCACAGAUCCAGGCAUGGACCAACAUGGUGCUAACCGUUCUCAAUCAGAUUCAAAUCCUUCCAGACCAGACCUUCACGGCCCUCCAGCCAGCAGUGUUCCCAUGUAUCAGCCAGCUGACCUGUCACGUGACUGACAUCAGAGUUCGGCAGGCUGUGAGGGAAUGGCUUGGAAGAGUGGGCCGCGUCUAUGACAUCAUCGUUUAGUAGACUCAAAUCCCUGUGGUCAGAGUCUGUCUGUCCAUCCAGCUGAUAGUGUUUUCCCUACCACCAGCCCAUUCAAGCUAGGUCUCUGAGAAACUAGUUCUCUGAAACCUAGCAACGCAAAGCUUUUUCCAAGCUCUCUGAAAAUUAGCCAGCCUUGGGCUAGUCUGGAUGCCAAAGUAGUAUCCAAGGGACACGGUGAUCUCUGGCCUCGCACACUGUUACAGGAGAGUCUGCAUUCACUUCUAAAUCUAAAUUUAAUUUCCAAGUGCAUUUGCUUGUCGUAGUCUACCCAAAUGGGUCAUUUUUAAGAGCUCUCCUGUAGAAGCCCGAGGCUGAUCCAUUUAAUCCAUCAUUUUCAAAAAUCAAUGUUAAGUCCUAAGAAAACAUUUGCCGGUGAGUCAAGCUGAUAUAUAUAUUCAUAUAUCUAGCACCAGACAUAAUUAAUCAGAAGAAUUUUUACAUUCUGAUGAUUAUAAUUUGGUUGGGAAGAAAACUGCAAAAGUGUAUUUUUUCCAGUGCUCUAAUCAAGGGAAAAAAAUUACUUCUAAAAUAUAUUCAGGACCAUUUCAACAUUAUUAAGUUGUUAAGAUUUUCAGGUUAAUAGUCAUAACUUCCCCCAGGUAAGGUACUGUUGUGCCUUUAUUUCUCUGUUUCUAAAGGAAGGAAAUUCUUUCCUAGCGUGAUUUUGAAGUCUGUGGCUCAGCAGUGGUGUGCACUGUCGCGAGACUUUGAUACUGACGACCCUGUGUCCCAUGAGUCUUUGCUUCUGCUCCCAAGGCAGACAAAGAAAAAUGGUGCCUUAGUCUUUUGUUGCACAGACAUUUCUAUGCCCCACAAUUAUCUGACUGUAAGGUAUGACACUCAGAUUUCUUAAAAUGCAAUUCACUUUAUAUCCGUAUCCUUUGGAGGAAACGAACUCGGAGUCCUCCAUCUGGUGGGCAUACUUCUCAGGGGAGGGGCAAGAAGUGUGGAAUGGGGAUACAGCUGGAAGGGGUGGGCUAGGGACCGUGACAGGAUCGUUGUAAACCUUCCACUACAGCACAGUUGGGAGAGGAUGGUGUGAGUUACACAAACUCUAGACUGAACGGGAAGGGACACAAUGAAUUUAGAAAACUAUUUUUUUUCUAUAUAAAACACUUCUCUCUAGCAAAUUUACUCUCUUAACUCAUGUUAUUCAGACCAAUAUUUUAAGGAGAUAUUUCUUUUUCUAAGUAUCAUUAGAAAAUUUAUUUGAAACGUAGUACCAUAUCUGUGGCGGGUUAGGAAUUAAGAGUGAGGUUCAAUCCCUGAUACUUAGGAACCACUGAGCUUCCCCAGCCCUCACCACAUAUUAUAUACAUUUCUUACAGUAUAGUAAUGACUAUAAAGCUUUUCAGGAAAGCCCACUCACACUCUACAGUGUAGGAUUGGUUACCGAGGCAUAUGUGGCAUUUCCCCAGUGCCUGAAACUAUAUUCAUAUGUCAUCCUGUAAAAAUGAGACUUCACUCUUCAGUACUGAAGGACCUCACAGGGGCUGAACUUUAUCCGGCAGUAAUCAUCAGUGUUGCCCUCCGUGAGAACUCAAUAGCUAUCUACAAGGUCAAAGAAAGGUGGACUGGCUUGUUUGGGGGGGUCAAAAAGAAAUCCCCAUUCUCCAUGUCAUCCACACAGACCACAGAAUCUAGAGGACAUUUUCCUAGUCCCACAAAACAAUCUCUGCCUUCAGAGACAAUGAUUCAACUUGGGUAAUAAUUCAAGUUGAAAAACUGACCUGAAGAGAUGUUUUGCUUUCUCUCUUUUCUAGUGCUGGAAUCAAACCAGGGUCCCAUGCAAGUUACACAAAUAUUCUCCACCACUGAGCUGUAUUCCCAUCUCUCAACUCUUUAUUUUAAUAAACAAUGAAUUAUUUUAUCUACAACUUUAGAUUUUAUAUACCUUGUAAAUGUAGUUAAAGAGUUAAAGAUUUUGCUUCAUUUUGUCUUUCUCAACAAAAGAAGUAUACCCUAGCUGUUUAAUUUUGUAGAUUCUUUGGGGGAUCUGUUCUUGCUUGGCCUAUAAGUACCUCGCUUUACUAGAAAGAGCACCUCAGUUAACCAGAUUAAAGAAUUACAGCAUGUCACAAAAAUGUGACCUUUCUUGAAGUAUAAAAGGCAGUUUCCUUGUACAUAUGUCCCAGAAGUAAGACUCUGGUCUACCACAGACUAGUUACAAAAGCAUGCAAGACUAGCUUUUGUGGACGUGUUCUCUAACAGCCUGAAGAGGGCCUGAAAAUAAAAGGUCGAGAUAGCCCUAAUGUCAUACCCAAGAUGUCCUUGCCUGCAAUGUGGGAAAUAUUGGCAUAUCCUCCCACCACCAUCCUCUGAGAGUUCAUUCAAAGUCCCAUGUGUUCUUAGACCACCUCCAAAGCUCUCUGUACUCCAGAAAAGGCCUCGGGGUCUUCAGAGUCCAGCCAGAGGGAGCUACUUACAGUUCCAAAUGGAAUAUGACUCAGUGCAAAAUCAUGAUCAAUGAGUAGUCCUUCAGUUUCAUUGCCCUGCAGGCGAGAGGAUGGACAGCGGCCCCUUCCCUCACUACUGUAAGUCCCUCUCCAUGUCUAGUCUCUGCCUCUGCCCCUCUCUUCUUCCACCCUUUCGGCCUCUGGAUGGAACCAGUGUUUUUUCCUUAGUCACGCAGGCUGAACAUCAAGGUCAAGGUGGACUUUUGAGCUUAAAAGAGGCAUCGUCACUGUAUGUCCCGAGGUGAGCAGAACGUUGCUCCUAGUUGCUUGUAUUUACUGUCAAAGUUCUAUUGCUUAGACAUUUUCCCCCUUCUUUUCUUAGAAAACUGUGCACCAUGAAACAAGCAACCCAGAACCACAUAAACCAGGUGGCAGGGUGCCUGUGUAUCAUGUGUCAUCCCGGCAUGGUGCACACCCACAAUUCCAGCCCUCCGGAGGUGGAAGCAGUAAGAUAGAAAUUCAAAGGCAUCCUCGGGUCCAUAGGGACUCUGAAGCCAGCCUGGGCUACGUGUCUCGCCUAGAGCAAGGUAUCAGAUUUAAUAACGGAAGGCUCAUAAACUAAUCAGAGAGCCUCACUUAGCUCCCGAAGCUCUCAGUCAGCUUUUAAAGAUGUUUAGGCUGCCUCUUUACACACUCGGUUCUCUUCUUCCCUUCAUGGUAGACCCAGCUUUCUCCAUGAAUGCAAAUUUUUACCGUUUUAGGUAAUUUAAGUCACUAACCGUCACUUGACUUCAGGAAGAUGCUAACAGAUAUUUCAGUUCAGAUUGAAAUUUUUAAAUCAAGCCAGACUUACACCUCCAAUUCUAGCACUGGAGAAGCUAAGAGAACAAAAGAACUGUACUGAGUUUAAGGCCAACUUGAGUGAGUUCUAGGUCAGCUGGGGCUACAGUGUAAGACCCUGCCUCAAACCACAAAUGUUAAUUUCCAAAGUCCUCUUAACUUAGAUUUCCUAGCAUGACGAUCAACACAAGCAUCUUGUUUAAAAAAAUAAUUCCACAGUCAAUGGAGCGACUUUGUCCGGUAGCCUUAAUUACAGGAGGGUAAUACAGAUCCAUCGUCUCCCCAUAUAGAGAAGAGCGCUACUUAGGUAGAAACGAUUCCUUUUUUAAUUAGAAAACCUAUGACUGGAGAAAUGGCUCAGGGGUUAAGAGUAUUUGCUGCUCUUGCAAAAGAUUCGGGUCUGAUUCUCAGCACUCACGUGGUGACUCAUAACGAUCUCAAAAUCCAGUUUCAGGGAAUAUGAUGCCUUCUGGCCUCUGGGGGCACCAGGCACACACGUGGUAUGCAUAUACAUAAAUGCAGACAAAUACUCAUAAACAUAAAUAGUUGCUGAAAAGUGUAACAAUCUGUUAUCAGUGCCACCAAACUAAACAGAAUGAAGGUCUUUGUUGAAGAGGUAACACACUGGGUCACUUUAAACCUGGGUCUUUCCCUAGUUAAGUUCACAGAUCCAGAGUGGUCCAUAAUUUACACAGGUUAACAAAUAGAAGUUGAAGGUGUUUGCAGAGAAGUAUCCCUGAACACAAAGCCCGCACACGUUCUUGUGCUGAGCCGUCAGCACUGAGUAAGUUCCGCAGCAUGAGAGAACAGGAAAACUGCAAGGCCUUCAUCAGAGGCUUAAAAUGAAACCAUUUGCUUCAUAGCUCUAUCUGGAGUAUUAUGUGGACUUUAAAAGUAAGACUUAAAAGUAAUGUCUUUAUGAUGAGAACAUAAAGGAUAUCAAAAUCCAAACCUUAACCCUAAAGAAAACAUUGAGUGUUACGUUAAAGACUCAGUAAUGUUAGUGAGAAACAAUGGGCUCAGAACUGCCAUGCCUGUCUGAUUAUAAAUGAAAGAAACACGGCAGCCUGCAUGGACAUGUGUAAUUCACAACCCUUUUCAUAUAUCAUUCAAUCAACAAAGUGCACUGUAGCCAAUGGAGCCCCCUCUGCCAGCUUCUCUGGCCAGUGCGCAGCCUACAGGUCACUAUCAAAGCUUGGAGACACAUAGACUAAUCCUCUAAAACUGUACACAUCCGCUGAAGAGGAAACCACAAUUUUGUACAAAAUGGGCUGAAGUUCCGGGUAGGACAGCAUCUGUGGGACCAUGUGCCACACCCCAACAUUUCUGCUUACUUCCAUAGGUGAGGAAAGAGCCAGAGACUCCGGUAUCCUGCAAUAACCUGAGGACACAGACGUGUUUGGGAACCACUGAGCAGGAACCCAGCAAGAUUUAGCGUGGCCUUAGAAUAGUAAAGAAACACUUUUGAGCAUUUUUUUAACUGAAAAUAUGAGCUUGAUAUUGGGAAAGAUUUAUAAAACUGGUAAAGAGCUUGAUUUAUAAUUACGCUCUCUUGGAAAAUAUGACCCCACUAUUCAAAGCAGAGGAAUCUAGAAAGAGGUUGUUUUUAAGAAAUCCCCUUGCUCUGGGUUAUCUUAUAGUAUUUGUAAUUGACGUAAAGUUACCUAAAAAUUUCAUUGACAUGUUGGAAUAGAAACAUCAUUUAGAUGUUCAAAAUAUAAACACAUUACUUUAGGAAAAACAGAAAAAAAGGGGGGAAUCAUACACACCCAGGGUUAUUCAGGAGAAACUAAGUUGAGAACAGUGAUUAGUUUCCGUAUAAACAGAAUACCAUUUAUUAAUUAAAAAACACUAUGACAUCAGCGGCAUGCUACAAAACCUUUCACUGAAUCAUUGUAUCACCAUGCAGAGAGGUUCCAGGGAGAAGGGAUUGGCUGACCCCAACAAUCAGUUCCCAUUCAGUCGAGUUCCUUCAAUCUUAAGAUCUGUGAGUUCCUGUCCUGGCGACUGAGCCAAUGGUGUCUAGUUUCUUUUGCCUGAAGAACAGUGGUUCUCAAACUCUUCACAUGCAUGUAAAUUCACCUACGGGUUUGUUAAGCCGCAGAUGCCCUUCUUCUGAUUCUCUCCAUUUGGCAAUCUGCGUUUCUAGCAAGCUCCCAGAUAAAGCUGCAGCUCUGGGAGCCAUAGACUAGAAAUCAUUGACUUUCAGAUCCACCUGCCUUAUUGAGCGCUAAACUGAACUGACCCAUGGGCUGACCAGUUGGGAUUAAAUUACUUACAACAUUCCAAUCCCCGCUCCCAGUUUUAUUAGACCAACAAUUGAUUCUUACACACUAGAAGACAAUGAAUGUAUGCGUUGUACGGAACAGUGAGAUAAGUCCAAGCUUCCCGUCUUUGUAUUUAGAAACAUUAAUUCUAUGAAUGAUUGUUUGUAUCCUGUUGACCCUUUGACUUGUACUGAAGGUAAUCAAAUUUAUGUGGUACUUGCAUUCCUUCCUAUAUCAUUUUAAUGAGAUGUUUCCAUGUAUGGCUCCAUUAUGGCCUGGCUCCUGGCUUACAGAAGUUUUAGUUUUUAAGUAGUUUGCUUGCUUUCAGUUACUUUACAUCUUGGAUUGGUCAUUAACUUAUCAGCAUUUCAACACGUUAAGACACUUCUGGUGGUACCCUUGUCUUUCACUUAACUGUGUGGUGGAAGUUAGUAUUUUAGUUCCAUGUUUAUCUGUAAAGAGUCUACUAAAUGGCUUGGUGGAAAUUUUCAAUGUGAAACAGUUCCUUUUGAGCAAUAGAUAUACUGGUCUUGCCGUUUCCAUAAAUAUUGUGUUUCUAAAGAGAUCGACACAAGGUAAACUAAUUCUUAUUCAACAUGAUGGGACAGAGAGGAAAGUCAGCCUGUGUGCUUUGAGAACCCAGUGAAAUGUUAACCCAGAUACUGAGGGGCCUUAGUUUAAAUUUUAACUCUCUUGCCUAGUUAAUUAGCUUCAGAGUUCAUUUUUGAUUAAAUCAUAAGGACCAUACAAUAGGAAGAGAAAGAACUGAUGAUCUGUGUUUUUAUUAAAUUAAACAUCCAAGUAAAUUAAAAAUCUAUUAAUGUAAUUCCAGCUACUCAAGCUUGCCUGGACAACAUAGUGAGAUUCCAUCUCAAGAAUAAAUAAGUAAAUAAACAUGAGUUUUUAAAAGAAGCAUAGAAGGAGUCAAGAGAAAAGUAAGUAUUCUAAAUAUUGUCCAUUUAUAAACUAUUAAAAUUCCAUAUAAUUUUCAUUGACCCAAUAAAGUUUAUAUUUAUGUCAUUUAGACUAUUGUUUGAAUAGAAGGCAAUCAUUCUAGAUACUUAAAAUCAGUCAAAGCAUAUCAUCGCAAUGUUAACGGUGCCAAGAAUUCAUCUUUGACUUUGUGGUUGUACAUAACUGAGUUAUUAUUUCCUUUUCUUCCCAUAACAAUUUAAAAUUAUGCACAUUAGUUCCUUUAAUUCUGGUUUCAAUUACAUUUUAAAACUCAGUCUCUACAAAGACUUAUUUCCAAACUGUUUCAUCAACUGUUGCCAAAACAGAAGAGGGAGAACCUGAAAACCAAGCUAGGUUUUCUCUUAGACUUAGGGAGGCUUAAGCCCUUGACACCACCAGCUAGCAGUGACCAUCCACAGCACCUCAGGUCUGUGUUCACCCUCUGCCAUCAUUUCCCGGGCAGCUCUUUCCUCUGGUCCAGUAUGGUAGCAAUCAGUUUCCUACUAGGUAGCUACUUUUAGUCAAAGAUGAAUGAUCUGGGUAUUUGGGCUUCUCUUCCAGUGAGACCUUGUGGUUAGAAUAUCAUGUGGUCUGAUGGGGUGGAGAGGGUACCUAGAGGGAAAGGUUACUUUCCUUUCUUGUUUUGUUUUGUUUGUUGUUGUUGUUGUUGUUGCUUUAUUUUGUGUGUGAGUAUGUGUUGGAAUAAGAUGGAGAGCUAAAACUCAAAUAUUUAUUCCUCUAACCAAAUGCCAAAUGACUUCUAUUCCGCAGCGAUUUUUUAAGAGGAAUAAACAAACAAAUUACGUUUUAGAUAGUUCCCCUAGUCCUAGCCCCACGUAAGAUACAACCACUAGGUAGCAGCAUUCCUUUUAUCCAUUUUUGUAUUAUACCAAAGAAUGAGCUUAUUUUCAUUAAAAAUUAUGAAUAAAUGAAGCUAAGUAUAGCCAUAGUGAUUGAGUAGACUUGCCAUUUUACCUAUUAAGAGGGAAAAUUCAUCCUUGCAGCCAGUUCACCAGGAGCCUUGAAUUAUUUUGUUUACUCCAAAGGCCUUGUCAAGGAAGUAUCAUUUUUUGUUUUGACUUAUUACUUAGCCACAUUUACCUUUACAAAGUCCUGAAAACCACUCUCCUUCAAGUGUUGCUAUAACUGUCUGGUUUGAUAUAAUCUGUUAGUUCACUGUUUUUUCAGGUCUCUGUAAGCAAGCUUGCAAGUGUAUUUUGUGUAUAUUUUAUCUGAAGUGAAAAGCAAAUUCUAAAGAGAAAAUAUUUUAAAAGAUACUGUAUUUAUGUCGCUUGUGUUGUAGAAUAAAGAUUCAAAUGCAUCAAAA